CACUCUGUUCACAUCGUGAUCAUCAUCAUCGUCAUCACCAUCAGCAGUCAUGUCCUCUCGUUCUCUCGUGCUGCUUCUGCUGGUUCUCACCUGCCUUCAGUCCUUCACAACGGCCCAGAAUGCACAUGGACCAGAGAAAUGCUGCUUCAGUUACCAGACACAUCGAAUCCCUGUAAGACUCAUUACAAAGUAUCAAGAAACAGACCAUUCCUGUACAAAACCUGGAGUCAUCUUUAUCCUAAAGACCGACCGUGAGGUGUGUGCAGACCCCGGCGUCGAGUGGGUGAAGGACAACAUGAAAAAAAUUGACGACCGUCUGAUUUUACAAGCCUGAUCCAAAAUCAAAUGAGUUCUUAAAUCCUCUCUCCAUUAAUAAUUAAUGCUUCUUUUACAAAAUGCACUUUUUAUAUAGCCAGAGAGAAGGAAUGAAGCUUUUUAUUAUAAAUCAUAUUUAAACAUAAACUGAGCCUAGCAUUGUUUAACUGAUUUAUUCUAUAGACUGUGGACAUGAAUUCAUUUAUUUUUUUUAAUGUAUAAAUUGCAUCUUAAAUUUCAGGGCUUUUUUUAAAUUACAUUUUCCCAUUUUAAAAGAAAACAAUAUUGGAUGCAUUCAAACUCUUUAAAAUGUUUAUGUCACAUCUUUGAUGCCAGCAUUAAUAUAUACAUAUAU